AGUAAACAACGUUGAAGGUUAUGUAAGUUGUUGUCAUUUGUUCUGUAAAGAAUUUCCUGCUUUCGGUCACGUAUGUAUUGACUGUGAUAAAAAUGUUAUCAAUAAAACCGCUAUCAAACCUAGCUUGGUCCUCUGGCCUGUUUCAACUAUACCGCAGAUGUUCGGACCUUUCCAUAGUGAAAACCCAGUUGGAAGUGCCGACGUUUUGCGAUAUUCAUGUGGAUCUCGCCUGCAAGGUUCGCAUCAAGCCCUUGAACGUGCACAAGUACCACAAUUCCAAUGCGUUCCUGUUACAAACUGACCAAAAAUACGACAAUGACAUCGAACAUUACAUUGAUGGGAAUAAGGUGGUUGUUAAAGGCCACACAGGACUGAACCCCAACGCUCUAUGCAGCAUCAAGGCUCCUGUGAAGGCUAAUUUGCAUAUCAAAGCGAAGAAUGAUGUCUCAGUGGGGUUCUUUCAUGGUGAUAAGCUCAACAUUAAUACCCAGGGGAAUGUGGUGGUGGAUAGAUUCCAAGGGGACACAAUCGACGUAUCCACAAGCAAUGGAAAUAUUGUUUUGCACAACUACAUCCAAGCAGCAAAUAUUUCCGGAAAGACAAGCAAUGGUUCCAUUUCCACUGGGAGGCUCCAGGGAUUGAACCUGAAGCUGAAGGUGCUGGAAGAAGGAAACAUGUCUGUGGAGUCCUCCUAUUGCACUGAGAGUAUUUUUGUGGUGGAAAAAGGCAACAUGACACUUGACAAUGUGCAUAAAAACUGCAAAGUUUUCCUCAUGAAAGGCCAUCUGGCGCUCACCGGUUUUGAUGGGCAAUUGUCCACAGUGAUCAAUUCAGGGUCUGCAGACAUUCACCUGUCGCGCAUCAGCGGCAGCUCAGAUAUCACAUUGAAGGAGGUGGGGGACUUGAUUCUGAAGCUCACCGAUUCAUGCAGAGAGUCCACUCUGUUUAAAAUCAUAUCGCCGUCGAUUUCCGUUGAGGGGCCUAUUGGUUCAGAAGCAAUAAAGGAGGAGAACCUCGUGAUACUGAAGCCUGAAGGAAACAGUGAUAGUGUCAUGCUCGUGAACUGCUCAAAGUCUCCGGUCAAGGUCCAAGCGACGUCUUGGCAGGAAAUGAUCGAGAUGAAGCUCAAAAAUAAGUAACCAGUACUUACUUAAGGUUGUGUGAUUUUUUUCGCUACUUGCUUGCCAGGGUUUUUCUAGUUUCUAAGCUUGAAUGUACUCGCAGUUGUGAUUUUUUUAUAUCAAUCAGCAAAUGUG